AUGAUAUUAAUUUCCUUUACAAUUCAUGAUUUAUUGUGUGGAAUUAAUACCCAUUCGAUAGAUGAGCGAUUCAAUGACACAAGUCAAACAAUUCCAUUGAUUAUUCAUCAAAUGUGGAAAACCAAUGAUUUAUCUUCGUAUCCAAUUAAUAAUUCUCAGCAUGUCUGGAAAAGAUUCUUUCCUACAUAUGUAAUCAAUUUAUGGACUGAUGAACAAAUCGAAAAAUUAAUUUUAAAAGCUGAAUAUGAAUUUUUAUAUCCAGUUUAUAAGUCAUAUCUUUAUUCGAUUCAACGAGCUGAUCUAGCGAGAUUAAUUAUUCUUCAUUCUCAUGGUGGUAUUUAUGCUGAUUUAGAUGUUUAUCCACAUGGAACAAAUCUCGAAGAACUUCUUCGUCAAAAUGUUUCUUUUAUCAUUGGAAGAUCAUCAUCAGAUACUUGUUUAGUUAAUCAUUUCAUGAUUAGUCAACAGAAUUCAUCGAUUCUUUCACAUAUUCUGGAAAAUAUUCAUAAAAAAUCAUUCUUCAAUCAAAUUUAUGUUCUUCCAUACUUAGAAGUAUUUGCCACCGGAUCAAUUUAUUUAACAAAUAUUCUUCGAAAUUACCGUGAUCAAAGAUUAUUAAUUUUAUCCAAAGAUGAACUAUCACAGUAUAUUUAUCACGAUGCUGGACGAUCUUGGCAUUUAUUUGAUGGCUACAUAAUCAAUCGAAUUGACGCGCAUCCUAAACAAUUUCUAGUCGUUAUACUAAUUUGUUUUCUUAUUUGUUGUGUACGAUGGAGAAAAUCGUGUCGAAUAUUUCAUACGAAGAGAUAA